GACGGAGAGUCGAGAGACGCCGGUUCGAAGCAGGAAGCGGACGCUCAGAGAGGUCGAGGAGACUCCGGACGAGGGGCAGAAGAGCAACGCCUUUGGGAAGCGAAAGAGGAGCAAAAGAGGGAUCAAGCGGAGCACGGAGGAAGGCAGCAUCAACCUGUCGUGCGCGUGGAGCAAGCUCUCGUACGCCGCAUCCAGGGCCAAGAAACUCUCCGAAGUCCGCGGCAGCAUGCGUCUGGCGUGUAGGGAGCUCGCUUGCGUGGACGGGCUGUGGCUGUACUACUUCACUCAGAUGAUCACGACGGAGAUGAAGCAGGCCGGGAAGGAGGACAACGGCGUGACUGUCCUGUCCAAGUAUGCCAUGAUGUACAACCUCAGCGCAAAGACGCUCGACGAUGCCCUGAAGAUGGUGGGCAACGGGGGAUUGAGCAGAGCGGUCAUCAGAGGCCUCGCUCGAAGACUCGCUCCGGAGAGGUACAGCCCCGAGCUCUCUUCCGGCGAGGAAUUCGAGGACGACUACUCGGACGACUCUGGUUCGGACGCCGAGAGCACGGCUACGACCGAGACGCCCGAAAACGAUUCGGACGAUGAUCCGGACUACGUGGAAGGAAUGGAGACGGAGGGGGGCGAGGAGGAAGUGAUUUCGGACGCCGAGGAUGAGGAGGAGGAUUCGGACGCGGCGUCCGAAACGGACGGAGACGAGGAUACUUAA